UUCGCAGAGGUCGAGAGCAGGCCGAAAACUGUUCCCGGUUUUGUAGACUCUUGGGAUCGCGCUGGGGUUUCCUUUCCGCGCCAGGUCGGAGUUGUAAAGCCUUUGGAACUCUGAGAUCUGAAAAUGGGAUGCGCUCUUUCUUCGUUGACGCCUGUUUUGGAAUCUUGUCUGGAGCUAGGAGCCCAGACGUCCUCCCCUCUGCCUUGAAUGGCACCGCCGACCGGUUUCUGAAGGAUCUGCUUGGCUGGAGCGGACGCUGCGGUCGGCCGACACCGUGCGGGAACUCUGGCGGUGCUAUUAGACAGUGCUUCAGAAGCCGCUCCCUCUAACUUUCCCACACCGCUCACACCCUGACACCCCCCGCGGCGGGCUGCGUUGCCGACGGGGUCAGCUACUUUGGGCUGGGAGCUAGAUCCGCUAGGGGUCGGAUGCCUGUCGCUAGAAGCAUUAUUUGGCCUCUCGGAGACCCUGUGGAGGAAGCGCCGGAGUAUGCAAGAGCCAUUCCGUAGUGCCAUUCCGAGCAACGCACUGCCGCAGCUUCUCUGAGCCUUUUCAGCAAGUUUGUUCAAGAUUGGCUCCCAAGAAUCAUGGACUGUUAUUAUAUGCCUUGUUUUCUGUCAAGACACCAUGAUUCCUGGUAACCGAAUGCUGAUGGUCGUUUUAUUAUGCCAAGUCCUGCUAGGAGGCGCGAGCCAUGCUAGUUUGAUACCUGAGACCGGGAAGAAAAAAGUCGCCGAGAUUCAGGGCCACGCGGGAGGACGCCGCUCAGGGCAGAGCCAUGAGCUCCUGCGGGACUUCGAGGCGACACUUCUCCAGAUGUUUGGGCUGCGCCGCCGUCCGCAGCCGAGCAAGAGCGCCGUCAUCCCGGAUUACAUGAGGGAUCUUUACCGACUCCAGUCUGGGGAAGAGGAGGAGGAAGAGCAGAACCAGGGAACCGGACUGGAGUACCCCGAGCGUCCAGCCAGCCGGGCCAACACCGUGAGGAGUUUCCAUCACGAAGAACAUCUGGAGAACAUCCCAGGAACCAGUGAGAACUCUGCCUUUCGAUUCUUCUUCAACCUCAGUAGCAUCCCAGAGAAUGAGGCGAUCUCCUCUGCAGAGCUCCGGCUGUUUCGGGAGCAGGUGGACCAGGGCCCUGACUGGGAAUGGGGCUUCCACCGGAUAAACAUUUAUGAGGUCAUGAAACCCCCAGCAGAAAUAGAGCCUGGACACCUCAUCACACGACUACUGGACACCAGAUUAGUCCACCACAAUGUGACACGGUGGGAAACUUUCGAUGUGAGCCCUGCAGUCCUUCGCUGGACCCGGGAAAAGCAGCCCAAUUAUGGGCUAGCCAUUGAGGUGACUCACCUCCACCAGACACGGACCCACCAGGGCCAGCAUGUCAGGAUUAGCCGAUCCUUACCUCAAGGGAGUGGAGAUUGGGCCCAGCUCCGGCCCCUCCUGGUCACUUUUGGCCAUGAUGGCCGGGGCCAUACCUUGACCCGCCGCCGGAGGGCCAAGCGUAGUCCCAAGCAUCACCCACAGCGGUCCAGGAAGAAGAAUAAGAACUGCCGUCGCCAUUCACUCUAUGUAGACUUCAGUGAUGUGGGCUGGAAUGACUGGAUUGUGGCCCCACCGGGCUACCAGGCCUUCUACUGCCAUGGGGACUGUCCCUUUCCACUGGCGGAUCACCUCAACUCAACCAACCAUGCCAUUGUGCAGACCCUGGUCAAUUCUGUCAACUCGAGCAUUCCCAAGGCCUGUUGUGUCCCCACUGAACUGAGCGCCAUCUCCAUGCUCUACCUGGAUGAGUAUGACAAGGUGGUACUGAAAAAUUAUCAGGAGAUGGUGGUAGAGGGAUGUGGGUGCCGCUGAGAUCAGGCAUCCCUGAGAACACACACAACACACACACACACACACACACA